AUGAACGUCGACGCUUGUAUUGAAUCAAUAAAAGAGUGCAAGUAUCUACCUGAAAACGAUAUGCGACAGCUAUGUUACAAGUUGAAGGAAGUACUAGCUGAAGAGUCUACUGUUGUGCCUGUCAACGCACCAGUGACGCUGUGUGGCGAUAUUCAUGGACAGUUUUAUGAUCUUGUCAAGAUUUUUGAAGUGGGAGGCGAUCUUCCAAACACAUCGUACAUAUUCAUGGGCGACUUUGUGGACCGAGGAAGAUACUCACUAGAAACAUUGACACUACUAUUGCUGUACAAGCUCAAAUAUCCCGAUCGUAUUACACUUACAAGAGGAAAUCAUGAAAGUCAUGAGUGUUUGGCAAAAUACCAGAAUUCGAGAGUUUGGGAAUGGUGUUGCACCGUCUUUGACUAUUUGCCCUUGGCAGCUGUAAUUGAUGGAUCUGUAUUCUGUGUGCAUGGCGGUUUAUCACCCGAAUUGCCUUCUAUUGAUUCAAUUCGUACAUUAUUUCGUAUGCAGGAGCUACCGCAGAGUGGAGGGCAUUGUGACCUACUAUGGUCUGAUCCUGAGACUCAAGUAGACGCAUGGGCAAUCAGUCCUCGAGGUGGAGGCUAUUUAUUUGGACCGUUACCUACCACAGCAUUUUGCCACAACAAUGGUAUAGAUUUAAUUGUUCGAAGCCAUCAGUUAGUAGAUGAAGGAUACAACUAUCCGUUUGAUGAAGGAAACCUGGUGACAUUAUGGUCAGCACCAAAUUACUGUUAUCGAUGUGGUAACAAAGCUGCUAUUCUAAAGAUACCAGAAGAAGACAGGCCGAUUGUAUCCACAGAUUAUACGAUAUUUUUAGAGAACGAUGUUCAGGGAGACACCAACGGCAAUGGCGGCGCUGGACAAGGUCCUGGUAGCCAAUACUUUUUAUAA